AGCCAACAGGAACGCUGCAGUCCGAACUCGCUCAGUAGCCAUCAAUCGUACCAGGCGGACCGGCGGACGAGUCCAACCACGAUGGCGCAUCCGGAGCGUAGCCGCAGUCCGGUGGGGGGUGCUGGAUCACGCUCGACCCGUUCCAGCCCGACCACCCUCGGUACCAUUCCACCGAUCACCAUCUCCAAUCCCUCGGAAACGUACGAGAUUGUGCAGAAAUCGAUCGAAACCGGACACUCGCACCAUCACCAUUCUUCCCGCAGUCCCAAAAGCCCCAAGAGUCCCCUUGGACCAGGCCCCGAACUGGUGCCAGCGAAUGGUGCGUCCGGUUCCGGGGGUACCGGUACACCAACCGCCCCACCGGUCGAGGGCAAAAAAGAAAAGACGAGCGUGAUGAAGGAGAUACUGGCGUUCGUGCGGAAACCAUCGUCAUCCUCGUCUUCGUCGUCGAAAAAAUCGAUCGCCACGAGGACGAGCAAGUUUACGGCCGCGUUCACCCGCACCGAAUCGACGACCGGUGCACCGCUGUUGCGCCAGAGCACGUUCUCCAGCAUCCAGGCUUCGUCGAGCUGUGCCGGUCGGAACGCAAUCACGAAGCAAAUGUCGGAAAUCGCCUUCGAGCCGAUCAUGUCGUCACUCAAGUGGAAGAACGUUGGGUCGAAGAUUUCACUCAAAUCCCUCAAAAAGCUGUCCCAGGGUGUUAACGUUGGCAUCGGGUCUGGAGGUGGUAGCCAGGGCGGUGAGCCAGCGAGCUCCGAUAAACGUUCGCGCGAUAAACGAUCGAGCGGUGAUGAGAUCAGUGAUGUGGAGAGCAGUGAUGGUGCCACGUGUACCGGGCCAAUGCAGCAUGCCAACGCGAACUCGGCCACGUCCAGUCACUCGGUACACGGGAUGGAUAGCUGCGGAACGGCCUUCGAUGUACUGGAGAGCGUUCACUUCGAGAAAGUCGGUGAAGCGUACAUCAAGCACGAUCAGAUCCGUGAGGAGGAGAGCCCUCGUGGCUCGCAGGACAGUGCGGAUGCGAGUGAUGGUGAGGCAUCAACGGCGGCGGCGACGGCGUCGAUCGGUGAUGGUCGCCUGAAGGUUAGCACCGUGAGCGAGAUCAAAAAGUCACUGGAAGCGCUGUUUACACGCCAGGAACCGAUCGAUGAGGCGGGAGAGGAUCCGGCUGGGGGGCGGGGAAUGGGACCCCGUGGCCCCCCCGAACCGGACGCUAUCCAGUGUCCAACGUUCGAGAUCGAGCCACCGUCGAGGAGGGCUUCGUUCGAUCCACCGCGAUCACCGUUUCUGGAGAAUCUGCGCAGUCUGAGCGAUACGGAUCACGAGGGGACACACCAUAGCCGGUUGGAUUCCGGGGGUGAUAGUUUCGAGAUGAUCGAUACAACCGAUCGGAUGCCGGGUUCGAGUGUUUCGGGGGAUCGACAUUCGUCGAUGGAUACGAGUUUUGACAUUUCGCGGUAUCAGUCGACGAGUUAUGAGGAUCAGAACUCGAGCUUUGAGCUCGUGGAGCUCGAUAAUUCACAGCGCGGUGAGAAAGCGCUGUCACCGUUCGAUAUCCGCAAGUCGUCGAUCGAGCUGGUCGAUGCGGAGACGUUCCAAAGGACGACUUAUCCCGAGGGGCGGAAGUCAUCGUUGGAGACGCACUUUGAUCUAGCGGAUAGCUAUCAUCUGCCAGCGCAUCCCCGGUCAACUAGCCCACGGUCUGCGUUCUCGGUCAUAUCGGGGACGCGAGCACCUACGAGGAAGCAAAUUUCGGAACCGGGACGCUGCCGUGAUUCACUUGGUCGCUCCUCGGGACCUCCCGGUGGUGUUACGGGUAGUGUGGUCGGUGGAACGGCCGGUCUAGGGGCUACGGGAAGUGGCAUGAAGACGCACCACUCGGCUCCACAUCGUGCCAAGUCGCCGCUCUCCAAUCAGACUUCCUCGAACUUUAGUUCGCGUGAUAGCUACGAUUCGAUCUUCGAGACGACACCACCGCAGCACUACCAUCACCAUCACCAACAUCAUCAGCAUUACCAUCAACAGCAGCAGCAGCAGCAGCAGCAGCAGCAGCGCAGUCCUUACUCGUCGAUCGAUGGGAAGCAACACUUUCCGUUGCCACCGCGCAAAUCAUCCAAUGAAUCGAAUCCACGCUUCCUCUGCACCGACAAGCGCUGUGCGGCCAUCUUUGAACCGCGGCCACUACCAGCGGUUCCAUCGGCAGUUCAGGCGGCAGCGGCCUUGGCGGCAUCAUCCGGUGGCCGAUUGUCUUCCUGCUAUCUUGACACAUCGAGCGGGAGCGAAUUUGAGCCACCGUCACCGAGACGGGCCGCCAGUGCCUCACCGAAGCACACGUUCACGUUCCGGAUCGUGCUGAAGAAGGUGGACAGCUCACCGGACGCGAUCUGUCCGUCGAUCGAACGCCGGCAGCUGCGGGAGAAGGCCGAAAGCCGGCACAAGCGGCGUGACAGUCGGCGCAAGAAGCUGCUCGAGAUUGGCAAAAGCUUCUAGGCGAUGACUAGAUCGGACGCCAUACUCUCAGUCAUGUUUUUUUUUUUUUUGACAACCGAAAACGGUUCUCGGACUACUAGAUGGCCGGUUUGCGGUUCACUUCAUAAACCGUAAUUUUCAGUAAACACACGUAGUGUGACUUAUACAUUUACACGUUAAUCACUUAUCGAAUGGCGCGAUUUAUUACCUACAUCAUGAUGGGAAGGAAGAGUGUGCGCGUCACUUCCAUCAAACCAAACAAAACUCGUGUUCAAAUAUAUUUCAAUUGUUGAUGAGACAUCUAGCAUGUUACUGUUUGCCCGUUUGUAGAGCGGAAGCAGAGCGGAAUCUCGGAGCAGAUCACACAUGUUCUGAUCCGGAAAUAAAAACUACUCCUCACGGUGUACUGCGCGAUAUCUCUCACUCUCUCAGGUAUACCAAGUAUCACUUAAGAAUGGAGCCGCAUGAAGGGUGUUAUAGAGCAGACUGAUGCUAGCACACCGCGUCGUCCCAGCUCGGAAUCAAAAUCCCCGGACGAUGCUGGAAGUUCAAUUACAAACAAAAGUAUUUAGCAGUAUUAUCCCGUUCUCCCUUUAGCUCCUUCCGGGGCGAGCCGAAAAAGGCAGUAGCACUGUGAGCUGUGCUUCUGGCCAACCAGCCAGCUAGCCAGUCAACCACUUCGCAAGGUCGAUGUGGUCAAACGUUUUCAAACCUCGUUCCAAUCUACGAAUCGAUCGGGGCCAGAAUCGGGCCUUCGAUGGCAGUUAAUCAAAGUCAGGAUUUCAAUCACUGGUACUCCCGUACUUAGUAGCAAAGUGUUACCGGUUUUUUGCCAAAAAUUCAUCCAUUCGUAAUUAAAAAAACAAAAUCGUUAAACCAAACACACACACGUGAACUUACUAGUCAAAAGGUGUUUUUAUGCACGAAACUCCCCCACCCCCCCCUUCCGGGGUCCCUUUGGAUCCCAUGCACGCUCUUAAACGCGUGAUCACAGGUUAAUACUUAUUAUGGCAGAUAGUCAAUCGUUACUUAAAACAAGUCGCUCGCAGAUAGGAAAGAGCAUGUGUGCAGCAUAGCUGAACCGGUGAUCACCACAAAAUGAUCAAAAACAAUCUUCGAGCAGGACUGAACUCGCACUAAACCGCUAAGAAGCCAACAGGAACAGGAUGACCAUACCGUGACACUGACAGGCGCUUACGAUGGGGGAAGCAGUCGUAGUAGUCGUAGUAGCGUAAGUCGGUCGGUUGCUGGAGCUGGAGAUCUUACAACCAUCUGUCAUGGUGGCCGAUAGACUACAAAACUAGCAAACGGGACUCUGGAGGCCAAUCGAUUAUUGUUAGUGUGUAUUAUUAUUGUGUGUGCUACUAUUUCGCUUUCCUUUCCGUGCAAUCGUUCGUUACGCUCGGAGCACCCGAGGGCAGAACUGAAACAGAACAGGGUUUCGUCGAUACCUAGACCAAGUGUAGCGCGCAUCAGCGAUUCAGGAGAUCAAGGAGAUCAAGGCGAGCAGGAGAUUUAUGUUCAUCUACUACGCUCCUGCAAGGGGAGGGCUCUACUCUAUUCUAUUUAUGAGUGUCUGUAUGUAUGUGAGCGUGAAAACGAGACAGUGACAGUGUGUUUGUAAUUUGGUGUGUUCUUGGUUGUUGUUAAUCCCCUCCUUAUCUGACCUCAUCCCGACUGCCGAGUCCUUCCCGGUGAGCAUACCUGUGAUACACGUUUGUCCCUUCUUAAUAUCAGCUCCCCUUAAUCCAUCCCAUGACCUUAACGGAACACACACCGAACAGCCACUGAGCAGCCCACAGCAGGGCUAAAGAGAGCAGAUACCAGGACCAUUCUAAAGCACAUCAACUUUGAUCCUUGAUGGAACCCAAAAAAAAAAAAAAGCAAA